AUGGUUACACCAUCUGGACAAAAGAGCCACAUGCGGCUCCGGAGCCGCAGGUUGCCGACUCCUGACCUAGAUCAAGGCACGAUGGACAUUCUCAGCAGCCUGCUAUCUACUCCUGUGGAAUUCACAGACUACAUUCAGCCGAUCUGCCUAGCAUCUGAAAACAGCACUUUCUACAAUGGGACCAGCAGCUGGGUCCCUGGCUUUGGAGAUAAAACUGGUGACGGUUCCUUCCCAGAGACUCUGCAGGAGGUGAAUGUCCCUAUAGUGGGAAACUACGAGUGCAAACGCUUUGCUGAGAUUACAGAGAACAUGAUCUGUGCUGGGCUGAAAGGGGGAGGGAAGGAUUCAUACUCGGGAGGACCACCUGUGACGAAGAAAGACUUAGUCUGGGUUCAGAGUGGAGUUGUGAGUUUUGGUUAUGGCUGCGCUGAACCUAUGAAGCCUGGAGUCUACGCUCAUGUGUCCCAGUACCAGAAGUGGAUCAACAACACCGUCAGUGGGACACCACCAGGCUUUGUAACCUACACCUCUCUGGGCCCUGACACAUCCUGCCCCUGGAAGGCAUCUUUAGCCAAUGCUGGCUUUUUUUUCUGUGGAGGGUCCCUAAUCACCGACCAGUGGGUGCUGACAGCUGCUCACUUCAUUACUCCAAAUGCAGUUACUGUGACACUUGAAAACAUCAUCUUCCAUCCCGACUACAAUGCUUUAACAUAUGAGAAUGACAUGUGCCUCCUGCAGGUGUCGACUCCUGUGAAUUUCACAGACUACAUUCAGCCAGUCUGCUUAGCCUCAGCAGGCAGCACUUUCUACAAUGGCACCAGCAGCUGGGUCACUGGCUUUGGUGACCUAUCAAGUGGUGGUUCCACCCCAGAGACUCUGCAGGAGGUGAAUGUACCAAUAGUGGGAAACAAUGAGUGCAAUUGUGACUUACAAAACUUGGUUGCAAUAACAGAUAACCUGAUCUGUGCUGGAUUGAAAAAAGAUUCAUGUCAGGGGGUACCACUUGUGACAAAAAAUAAUAUAGGUAUCUAGAUCCAGAGUGGAGUUCUGAGUUUUGGUGAUGGCUGCACCCUACCUAGUAGAACAGGAGUCUACGCUCGUGUGUCCCAGUACCAAAACUGGAUCAGUGCCACCGUGACCGGAACACCACCAGGCUUUGUUACCUACACCUCCCCGGGCUUUGACUAUGACUUAUUCUUCACCUGUCCAGUGGUCAGUGAGGGCAAGGACAAGUGUGGAGGCAUGAGCUCGUGGGUGGAGUUCACCAGGAUUUCCAUAUUUAAUACUUGA